AUGCCCGAGUCCCAUCGCCUCCCUCCCAUUCUCUCCGAUUCCCCUGUCAUAACCACUCGGCAGAUGCUGGCCAACUUCGUCCCUGAGAAUAUGGACUACGGUCAUAUCUCGGCAACUUCGACCGGCGCCCCUACCGCUCACACGAGGAAGGUCUUCAGGGAGACGGUGGACAAUGGUGUGCGGUUUGUCUUGGACCCGGGGCUGAACAGUCGGCUAAAGGAGGCCCUUGACGAUGCUGUGCCUCUCCACCAACUCGCCCCAGACGAUCUCGCCCAGACAUUCUCAGAGAGACAGGAUUCACUGGCCCAUAAGAGACACGAAGAGGAUGAAGAGGAUGAGGAUGAGGAAACGGGUGACGAGCAUGAAGGGCGUGAGGAAGGCGAGCGCGAUGAGGGUGGUCAAUACACCAUCUUCAAUGAGCCUCAGCUCUCAGCUAGGAUGGGGUCCGUCUUUUGGGAAUUCAUCAACUUUGUCACCCUAAGCAAAAUCAUACCGAUAAGAAGUUGCGGCUUUUGGCGACCUUCUAGUGUGCCGGAGAGCGGAGCUCCUGACUGGGUGUAUGUCAGAAAAAGAGAGAAGACAGUCGCCUCUUUCGCAGAGUUGAAGCUGCAUACCGUCCUCCCUGCCGCGAAGGUCCAACAACUUAUGACGGAGGCGGGGAAGCCGGGGGGGAUGCGAAUAAUCAUGUCAGAAGAAGAACAUUGGGCGAAUGCCGGCUCCCAGUUGUGGGAAGAAUUCUACAUGUACAAGAGAGCAUCUGUCGUCAUCUUGAGCUCGUACGAGCUGUUCAUUCCUGUACAACGAGAUCCAUUCGCUCCAAACGUGGUUCGCGUCGGCCUACCCAUCGGCAAGACUGGCCCCGUGACUGGGUACGGCGUUGGAAAGUUGACAUGUGCGGAGCUCGCGGUCGCCUGUGCCCUUCCCUGCAUCGACCCCAUGCCCUCUACUCCGUUCCCCCCUCUCCCCAAGCUUAAGCCUGAAACUGGCAGCACCGGGGCAUCUAGGAAGCGUCUAGUAUCAUCGUCAAAUAUACGAACUGCAGAUAUAGCCCGCCAAGACCUCGCUCUCUACCGCAAGCACCAGCUCCAGCCGCCUCUCCAAACCCAACAGCAGCAGCAACAAAUCCAGCAGCUGCAGCCACCCCAGCUGCAUAUCCAGCCCAACCAGCCUCAGCCUCCCCAGCCCCAGCCUCCCCAGCCCCAGCCUCCCCAGCCCCAGCAGCACCAGGAUCGUCCUCUUUGGGAGAGAGUAGACCUGUUUUUACAAAUGGCAGUUGUCUUCUUUCUGUCUCUGAGUGCAAUCUGCCUGGCUGUUGGGUUGUGGCGGGACUACAAGCACCCGACGGUUGCGGGCAGAGCUCUAAGCAGCUACGCCGGCUCAGGCCUCUGGAUAGUUGGCGGCUUGCUCUCGUUCCCCGGCGUUAUCGCCGCCUGUAUCAGGGGACCGGGUGCUGGGUUGGCGGCGAGGCGCUGGCUUGCUGCAAUGAUGGCCACGCUGCUUCUGGGCAUGAUCGACGCGGUGGGCAACUUCGUCGUCUCAAGUCGCAGACACGACUAA